GACGUCAUUGCUGAGCGACGGGCUGUUGUAGUUUACAUGAGAGCGAAAAAUCUGCGGUGAUCCGGCUCGGCAGCUUUAACCCUCAUUACAACAAACCCGAUUCAUCCUGACGCUUUCACUCUGAUCUCUAAGUGAAACCAGCUCUUCUCGUUAAGUAAACUUCUCCCUCUGUGAACCGGAACACCUCACAGAGAGCAGGGUUCUUGGGGAGGUGACACCUGGCUGCUCCACACCUGUCUUCAUUGAAUGAGCUGUGAUUAGCAUUGUUUUGGUUUUAUAUCCGCACAGAUAAACGCUGCCCGGCUCUCAGUCUGAAACAGCUGGACUCAUUCACAUAAAGCUCCAGGCUAACGGUGACGAGCUGGCGCAGGUAGUGGGUUGUUCGUGGAUAAUGCGAGACAGUGGCGGUAGCCUGACCCAGAACCGCUGGCAGGGAGACCUGGGUCUGACCGCUGUGGGGCAGGACGACACCGGAGGAGGUGGGAUUCCUGGAGACCUCAUAGUCCCGGUGUCAGGUCACAGCGUUCCCAAACCCAUGCACCUGAGGCUGGGGCAGAAGGACAAGGUGUGGACUGGAGAGUAUGUAGAUGAAGAGGAGGAAGAUGAGGAUGGGAUGGGACGGAUUGAGGCGAUAGGAGACGAGGACGACGAAAACAAUCUGGACGGGGAGGAUGAUUACCAGGGGAAGGGUUGGGAUAACAAUGAAGAUGAUGAAGAGGAAGAGGAUGAGGACGUGGACGAUGAAGAAGACCACGAGGGGCUGGAGUGGGACGUCCCAGAGUUUCCCUCUCAGUCCGACCCUCCUUCACACCCUCAUUACGGACCACAGCAGCAGGUGGAGGAAGGCCGAGACGCCCCAGCAGAGGACUUGGUCUCCCGGGCCGAGGCAAGGGAUUUGUUGCGGUUCCAGCCAAGCCGGUACCGAUCCCUGGGAAGGCUCAAACGCUGGCAGCAUCUGAGGACCCGCAGGGGGCUGGGAAUCCGGCUCAUCCAGCACUGGAAGAGCUGGCGUCAGCGGGCCCAGUGGGUCAACUCCCAGGGGAACAGGAUGGGACGGAGGAUGCAGAGGUUCAAUAUGUACAGCAAACAGAAGAGGACAAAAAGGUAUAGACAGUCACAGUACACGGAUGAAGAGGAGGACAGCGACAACGAGAGGUUCACAGAAUCCGACAGAGAUAAAGGGUUAAACAACUGCUCUGCAGACAAGCAGGAGGACCGGGGGAGACGGGAGGUGGAGAUGAAACCUCUGGAGCUGGCCCUCACUGAGGAACACAUGAGCUGUGUGACAGGUAUUCUUGAAGAGUCUCUACAGCAGUACGGCAGUUUGAUCCCCAUCCAUGUGGACGAUAUCGUGGAGAAACUUCAGGACAUCUUCAACGAGAGCUUCUCACAGCCGCACAGGAAAGCAGUGGUGCAGCACCUAAUACAGUCCUUCCAGCGCUCGUCGGGUUCAGCUCUCGCUAAAACGUUCAGAGUGAACUACAAACGUCACGUUCUGACCAUGGAUGACCUGGGAACGCUGUACGGACAGAACUGGCUCAACGACCAGAUCAUGAACAUGUACGGGGACCUGGUGAUGGACUCUGUGCCAGAGAAGGUUCACUUUUUCAACAGCUUCUUCUAUGAUAAGCUAAGGACAAAAGGAUAUGACGGAGUCAAACGGUGGACGAAAAACGUUGACAUCUUCCAGAAGGAUCUGUUGUUGAUCCCGAUCCACCUGGAGGUCCACUGGUCUCUGGUCAGCGUGGACAUUCCUCGUCGAGCCAUCACGUACUUUGACUCCCAGCGAACUCUGAACAGACGCUGUCCAAAGCACAUUUUUAAAUACCUGCAAGCAGAAGCCAUCAAAAAAGACCAACGGGAAUUUCUGACAGGAUGGAAGGGAUUUUUCAAAAUGAACGUUGGUCGUCAAAACAACGACAGUGACUGUGGGGCUUUUGUGCUACAGUACUGUAAGUGUCUGGCGCUCGGGCAGCAGUUCAGCUUCGGGCAGCAGGAUAUGCCUCGCCUGAGGAGGAACAUGUACAAAGAACUGUGUCACUGCAAGCUCACCCUGUGACCCCGCCCCCCACCCUACACUACCUACCCCCCAUCUCCACCUGCUCCCACCUGAUCCUGACAACACGAAGAGACAAUGACAUAACAAGGAGAGGACAGGGGAGCAAAAGAGUGACUGGAGAACUUUUCAAAAACUUUAUAUUUCUCUGCCGACAUCCAGAGAUUCUUCUUCUUCUUCUUCUCUUGUAGGUGACUUUGUUUUGUCUCUCUUCGCCUCCCUCUCUCCGCCCUUUUAAAACUUUUUAAUUUCCGUGUCACGGUUAUUCCUUUGUGGUUGACAGAGGCCAAGACUAGCUUCCGUUUUUUUCUAUGGAAUGUGCUUAACUUCCAUCCUAUCGAGUCCAGCCGUGUUUCUCAGUCUGAAUGAAGAUCAUCGAAAGAGUCCAGAUGAAGGGUUGGACCAAAGUAAGUCUUUCACGUGAGAUGCCUGAGCUGGUGCUGGAUGAUUUUAACUGGUCUGUGUAAGCUUGUGGUUAAAGAGCACCAGUGGACUAUGAUGCCUUUCAUCCAUCACGCUGCGCUCCACUCAACAUGUCAACAGUGAGACAAUGUCCAGGUGUGCUCAGACCAAAAAUGAUACAACUUUUUGAAGAUUUAAGAGCAAGAAACCAGCUGUUGGUGUUGCAUUAGAAGUAAUUCAACCAAACUCUAUCAUAAAUCAGCAUCUAAUAAGUCAUCUGCUUUUUCUUUUGCAGACCUGACAGAGAAAUUAUGUGGAAGCAGUUCCAGUUCCUCUAAUUUGCAUGUUUUGUUCAUUCAAUCAGAAUAAACAGACUUUAUUUGUGCUCAAAAGUUUCUAGUUUCUGGUCUGAGCUCAGCUUUAUUCUUUGAAAUGAGGAUAAACACUCCCCCUGCUACAGCCAGUGUUACAUUGAGGAUGCUUUCUAUGUAGUGAGCACAUAUUCGCCACUGUAUCGGGACGUGACGUUUCCAAUGUAUAAUAUUUCUUUUUCCUCACGGUGUUUGGAUGAAGAAGUGAUGCUGAAAGAGAACUUAGAGGAGGCGACCAUGUUUAAGUGCAUUUUUCAGAGGGAUAUUUGGAACAUAUUGCCCCCCUGCCUUCAUUGCUCUUCCUCGUCAUACAAACUGAACACCUCCACGUGGGAGACUGGAUCUGCAUCAACGCCCAAACAAACCCAGAACGAGUCAUCGGCUCAGAGAAAGGGUUUCUUUACAUUGCAUUUAUCUUUUCUGUGUUUAUCUCUGUCAGUAAACGUGUUGAUAUGCUUCUUGCUUUAAACAAAUGGUGUUAAAAAGGAGGACUACUGCUUUGUGUUGUUUUAGAGGAAGAACAGAAAGAGAUCCUCUGGUUAGUGUUUCUUUAAGAGCCAUUUCAGUGAGGACCAUGGAAGACAGACAGAUCCAGCUACAGUACCCUCCUCUUCUUUUUAUAACAGAAGACAAAACUUGUUGAUAGCUGUGUGUUUUUUCCUUUUCUUUUUUUUCAAACAGGAGUUGAUGCAACAGAGUUGACAGUUUUAUAUAUCUUCUACAAUGCGUUAUGGUUGCUAAAAAUAAAAAUACGCAGCAAACAAUUGA